AUGCCAGCUAGGCGACCACAAAGCCUGCCCUUUCAUGUGUUGUGCCACGUAGGCGUUGUCACUCUGCGACCGGGUGUGUUUCACGGCCGCCCAAGGGCCCACGGCGGAAGGGAGAGGCAGCUGUUCCUUCCGUGCCGCUUUCAGCGCGCAGUGGCUGACGUUUGGGUUACUGCAUGCGUGCUGAACUCCUCGCAUCGUUUAAAGGGAGAGGCUGCGUGCACAAUGACAAUGUGCGGCUACCGUUGUCGUGGCUUAGUGAGGCUGGGCGGACUCGGUGGCCUCUUCAUCGCUGCCCACGCGCCGCCACCUGCCAUCGUGCUGAU